CGGAUGUUUUACGGUGGUUAGCCAGAAACUCUUCCCGUAAUCUUGACAUAAUGGCACAAUAUUGGCAAUUAAUAGCUCACCCUGAUAAUCCUCAUUCUGGAGAUUAUGGAUAUUCCAACGAUGAUAUGCAGAGAUUUGGUGCUAUUGAAGGUUUGGGUGUUUAUAAAGCCAUAGAAAAUGCUGCUGAUCGCAAUGUUAAUAUCAGGCUUUUACAGCACUCUGGAGUGUAUCCUGAUUAUACUGAAGAACCAUCCAAGCUUGCUUCAGGAAGACCAAAUGUGAAGAAUGUCACAUUAUUGCUUAGUCAGUGGUGGGGAUCGGGUGUAGUACAUGCAAAAGUUUGGAUAUCAGAUCAUCGGGAUGUCUAUAUUGGAUCUGCAAAUAAUGACUGGAAAUCUCUCACUCAGGUGAAGGAAGUUGGAAUUUAUCUUGUUGGUUGCCCAAGAAUAGCAGAGAAUGUUGAGGUCUACUAUAACAACCUAUGGGAACUUGCACAUCUUGAUGUUUCAGCUUACACAAAAACUGUAUGGGAUCAACAGUGGCAGGUCUCAUUGUUAGCUCUGGAAUACUCUCCUGCCACCGCCACAAAUCCAGAAAAAGGAGUAUCCUAUACUUCUCCUAAACUGGUCUUAUUGGUAAGAAAACAAAGCAUGAAGUUAAGAUGUUCUUGCAUCCUUGGAAAUGUUGUUGAUGGUACAGCAUUUUGUAAUGACAGAUCACCUCUUCCUCAAUACGUGGAGGUUCCCCACACAGCAGGCUAUCCUGUAUUGUCGGACCCUGACAUGUUUCAAAUGGCAAUUGAAACUCCUGGAAGCAACAAUUCUUCUUUGCAUCCUCAUUUUGGCUAUCUCUCAUUUGCUCCUCCAGAGCUGUCAUUUGGCAAGUACCUGACUGAUGAACAGGCAUGGGUGGACACAAUUAAAUCUGUAGGAAUAGGGGCGUCUGUUAGAAUUAGUACUAUGGAUUGGCUUGGUCAAUCCCAGUACACAAACCAAACAGUUUACUGGUCGACCCUUUCUUCAGCAGUGUCAGAGGUUAUCUUCUCAAAGCAUGCAGAGGUCAAGAUAUUAGUGGCAUAUUGGGCACAUUAUAUCAACAACACAGAUCAGUAUCUGAAGUCUCUUCUCUACUCCAAUACCCUAUGCUCUUCCUCAAAGUACAACAAAUGUUCUGGCAAAGUUGAGAUCAAAUACUACAUGGUGCCUGGAUUUAAUUUGACUGGACCUGCUAAUCUGAAUGGAACAAGCACUGGAAAUAUUUAUCCGGGCUUUACUAGAGUCAACCAUGGAAAAUACACAGUUAGCGAUGUGCGAGCCCACAUUGGAACCAGCAAUCUGAUAUGGGAUUAUUUCUAUACGACAGCGGGUGUCAGCUUCGGGACAUACAAUCCUGCCAUUAUUUUGCAACUUCAAGAAAUCUUUGAUGCUGAUUGGAAUUCACCAUAUGCUGUUCCAGUUGAAUCAUUGGAGGAAGCUCGUGCUUAUUCAAGUUGA